AAACAAAUCCCUGAUGGCUAUUGAUUAAUCCGCGAGAACGCAAGUGAAUGAGAUAACCAAAGUGUUAAUUGUCCGAGGGCAUUGCUGAGAAAGACGAACCGUUGCCAUGGCACGACAGGUAGAGUACCCGUAAAACAGCCGACACGAAUCAACAUCGCACCACAACCAAUGUGAAACCAUAAAACUAACCGAUCACAUGGAAGAGAAUCACAAACGCAAUGGGUACUUGUCACACAGCAGCAAUUCUUCUCUUGGCGAGCAUCAUCCGCAAGACGGAACAUGCCUUAUGCAGGGGUCGGGCGGCGAGCACGGGGUCUUGGGUAAGAUACUGGGAAAUCAAAACACUCAACCGCCAUGUUUACAAAAUGCACAGGAGAACAACGACAAACCGACCCGGGGGAAAAGCCCGAAUGAUGGGACCGACGCUAAGAGUUGCAAAUGUUGUGCCAAUUUGAAUACAACUCUCUUCAUCUACAAGAGCUUCUAUUUCUUUUUCAUGGCUGCUAUUGGGUCUCUUUUUCCGUAUUUGACGGUGUUUUAUAAGCAAAUCUGGCUCUCUGCGCGACAGACUGGGAUACUUAUGGGGAUCAAACCACUGAUCAAUAUAAUUGCUACCCCAAUGUGGGGUGUCAUCACAGACUCGUACAAGGCCACUAAAGUGAUCUUUAUCAUAUCUCUUGUAUCGUGGCUUGCGGCUAAUUACAGUAUAUCCCUGGUGUCUCCUGUGUUUCAUGUGGGAUUCUGCAAAGAUAACGCGACAGUGACGCUAGCGGAAGACGUGCUCGAUGAUAUAGAGGAGUCAAUGAUAGCGUUUUACACUCUUCCAAAGCAUCAUCGCCAUCAAGGUAUUGGUCAUAAUAAAAGCAAAAGAGCAGACGGGGGUAUUGCACGGGUCACUUCGUACGAUAACAUAGGAAGUCACGAACAUGGUGAGCCUGAUGUAACGGCGUUAGAACAUGAUCAGUGGAUCAAUAGUGGUUCCGGUUCGAGUGACUCAGACACCGACCAACACCUUAAAAACCUUACCGUACCACGUUCAGAUUUGGAGCCUAGGCUAAUUCCUCUUGUUGGCGACAAGGAAGACGCCCGCCAUGUGGUUCCGCCUGGCCAAGACACCACCAGGAGGCAUCACAAUAUCGACAGCUUAGAAGAAAUCAAGGCAGCGAUCGCAUCGCGUAAAGUAAGCCGCGCGGAGUUGGUCAGCAGGAUUCUAUCUGUUGUAGAGUCCGCUUCUAAUCGCAGCAGACACGAUAAUCUAUCAUCGAUGUUUCAACGAGAACUGGCGGAAAGGGCGUUCGAUUUCCUAAACAUGGAAGGUCACUAUCCCUGGCCAUUAGACACUCUGAUCAACUACGACGGCACGCAAACUUCGGAUGAGUGGGAGGCGAACCAGCAUUCGCACCUUUUUACCAUGCUGCUCGUGAUUACAAUGCUUGGAAGUCUGUUUUCUUCUCCUGCGAUAACUCUCGCAGAUACCACGACACUGCGAGGGCUAGGAGACAACGUUGAAGAGUAUGGACGCCAGCGCAUGUGGGGGUCGAUAGGCUGGGGCAUGGGGGCAUUCAUCGUAGGCUCCACCUUGAGUUACCUCCAAGAGCUGAACGGCUGUAACAACCCUCUCAGCGUGGACUAUAUGCCCUGUUUCUACGCCUUCGCAAUACUCAUGGGUGUCACGAUACUUAUUGGUGGUCUAUUCGAGUUUGAAGAUGUCAAGCGCGACGAGACGACUUUGCUGCAAGGCCUAGGCAACCUGUGUAACAUCCAGUACUUGUACUUUAUACUGACUAUGCUUUUCUGUGGAGGCGCUUUCGGAUGCUUGCAGACAUUUCUCUUCUGGCACCUUCUAGAAAUCGGCGGCACUCAGUUUCUGUUCAGUGCCAUCACAGCAGUCCAGUGCGUCUCCGAGAUACUGAUGUUCUCUAUGUCUGGUGUUCUUAUCAGGUGCUGCGGUUACCAAAGGGUCCUCUACCUUGGGUUGAUCUGCUAUGCAGUACGUUUCUUUGCGUACGCCUUUGUGACUAAUUGUUGGCUUGCGCUACCCUUGGAGUGUCUCCACGGCGUGUCAUACGCAGCCGUUUGGUCAGCGGCAGUAGUGUUUGUUGGACUCAUCCCAGGUGCUAACAACACCAUGCAAGGCAUUCUGGGAGGUGUAUACUGGGGUGUGGGAUUCGGUGGGGGAGGGGUGGUAGGGGGGCUCAUGGUGAGCUGGCUGGGAAGUUCAUUGACGUUUGCGAUAUUUGGGGUUCUUAGUGUUAUAGAUUUGAUCGUGUUUGCCUCGGUAAAUAACUUAAGGCAUUUCUGUAGACAAUGCGAUACCGAGUACACUCCAUUGCACGACGCACACGAUGGAAAUGAUUAAGGAUAUGGUGGGAUUUGCCUAAAAAAGUCUCCCGCAUCAUAUACUAGCAAUGUCAGCAACUACAACAACAAAGAGUACGGCAACGGAAGACAACACUGGAAAAUUAUUCAAACAACCAGAUCAAAGGGACUCGCACGCACACACGAACUCCUGGAUGCGAAAUUCUCGCGACAUUGAAUAAGUAUCAGUUACCCACAUAUAAGCGUAAAGUGUAGCGUAGAUAACGACAAGAGAAAGAUGUUGUACUUAACUGAAAAGGACAGGGGAAAGAUGUUGUACUUACCUGAAAAAUCUGAUAUUUUUCAGGAAUGUGUUAACAAAAUAAGGGUAAAAUGAA